UAAAAGGGGAGCAUGCUCUCUCUGUCUUUGCGCCUGACCUCUUCUUCAUCCUCUCGUUUCCUGUUCCUCUCUAAAACCUUAACUCUAACAAAAAGAAUAAUUUUUUCUUCUUUAACCACUAUGUCCAUUAACCUUAAUGCCCAUGCAUUUGCUGGCAACCCUUUAAGAGCCAAAACCCCUAAACCCCAUGACCCACUUUCGCCUUCUUCAGCUUUUGAGUCCCUCAAAGCUCAUUUCCUCCAAAACCCAGAAAACCACAACCACCCUCCUCCAAAGUCUCCUCUUUUCAAGGUCUUGCCUUUCCGAAAGGGCAGGCCUUUAGUUUCUUCUUUUGUUAAUGGGGAUGAUGUUGUAUCCAGUUGGCAUCUGGGGUGGAUCAGUUUGGCUGAUUGUAAUGGUAUCUUGGGAAAGUGUGGGGUUCAGUUGACUGAGGGCUCUUUGGUUUAUUUGGGUUCAGGGGCUGAGGAGGAUGUUGUUUAUUGGGCUAUUGAUGUUUCUGAGGUAGGUGGGUUGGUUCCUGAAUUGGUUGGCAGACAGUUUUGCUUUGUGGAGCUUAGGACACUGAUGGUGGCUACUGAUUGGGCGGAUUCCUUGGCUAUGGGUGAAUUGGCUAUUGCUGGUCAUGCACGAGCAUUGCUUGAAUGGCAUAAUCUAUCACGAUUUUGUGGACAUUGUGGAGAGAAAACAGUCCCCAAGGAAGCUGGUAGAAGGAAACAAUGCUCCAAUGAGUUAUGCAAAAAGAGGAUUUACCCUCGUAUUGAUCCAGUUGUCAUUAUGUGGGUUAUUGAUAGAGAACAUGAUCGUGCACUUUUAAGUAGACAGUCCAGAUUUGUACCUCGUAUGUGGAGUUGCUUAGCUGGAUUCAUGGAGCCAGGGGAAAGCUUAGAAGAAGCAGUGAGGAGAGAAACAUAUGAAGAGACUGGUAUUGAAGUUGGAGAAGUUGUCUAUAAUAGUUCUCGGCCAUGGCCUGUUAUCAUUUUUCAACUUUUUGGUCCGAGUAGCAUACCAUGCCAAUUAAUGGUCGGGUUCUUUGCGUAUGCAAAAUCUCUUGAAAUAAAUGUGGAUAAGGAAGAAUUAGAAGACGCUCAGUGGCACAGUAGAGAAGAUGUGAGGAAGGCAUUGGCAUUUGCUGAAUACAAGAAAGCACAAAGAACAGCUGCAGAUAAAGUAUAUCAAAUGUGCAAGGGAGUUGAGAAGGGACAGAGUUUAUCUGCAGAUUUUAAUGUGGUAAGUGGGGAACUUGCUUCCACGUUUAUUCCUGGGCCAUUUGCAAUUGCCCAUCACCUCAUCUCUACCUGGGCUAAUCAACAUCCACCAACCGGUGUUGAAGCUCAAUUGAAACAGCUCAGCAGUUCCAUUUCAAAUCUAUAGCGUUCUCAUUCUCUUCCAAAGGCUACAGAAAAUCCUUUGUGCUUGUUCCAAUGCCUCAUCAAAGGGAGAGUUUGUCCUUUUUUCUUUCCAAGAAUUAUCCGAAACAGUAGAAAAUCUGCCAUCUUAUAUUAGAAAGAUAUCAAUAAUAUUUCAAAAGGAAUGAAAGCAGUUCCCCUUUUUAUUUAGGAUAUUACUUUCAGUAAAAUUCGCCACUUUUUUGUGUAAUCAACAUUCAGAUUCAAUACUCAAGUUUUAACGUGGAUUCAUUAAUCAUGCACUUUCUAGCUUUCAAAUCUCAUUCUUGUUUCCUCAGUUUAUCACCAUUCAAAAAACGUACCGUGUGAAUGACUGGAAAAAAGUGAUUUUAGGAUCACUAGUAAUUAAUGCUUCUUGAAGUUUGCUUAUUGUUUAUUUGCUUGGGUGUAAUGUUGUUUUCUCAUGCAUUCAUAGCAAGGCAUCACGGAGUGCAGCCAGAAAAUUGGGAAUUGAGAAA